GCCGCCGCGAAGAACAAAUGAAGAAUAAGUUAGCCGGAAGACGUUGGUGAGGUGAGUUCGCGCUGGUACCAACUUUGGGCGUCGCGACGCUUUACGUAACAUCUGGAUGCCGGCAACAAGUGCGACUGGUCUGGUUUCUUCGGUCAAAUUUUCAAGCAUGUGCCGAAGCAACUAAAAAAAAAGAUAAAGGGAACUGAACAGUGUUUGGAUAGUUAAGGGUGCGAAGGUUCUAAUGUGAUAGAUUUUGGUGAUUUACUUCGUUAACUAUGGAUGGAUCAGUACAAUCCUGAGUGAUUUUCAUCUAGAAUGGAUGAGGCUGAUGUCCCAUCGAGUUCGAACCACAGUGAAAAUCUGAAGCUUUGGCCAUGGGACGAGGAUUUGCCACCCGCAUUCGACCCAUCGGAUGGAGGCUUUCUGAGCUUUGUGCCUCCACCACCACGACCCUGGUUUCUAGAAGACGUGGCUCCUGAUGGAGUGACCACGUGCGAUCUGUGCUCUUGGGCUAUGCAAGAUGGGCAGGCGAUUAGUUUCGAAGGCAGAGAAUCAGCUGGAGAACUUGGCUGGGUUCUGACACUGGUAAUCGUAUCAGUGAGUUCCGCACUAAUAGGCGCAGUGAUUAUGAUAAUAGUGCUGCAUUGCAAAAGCAGGCUGAAGAAUUCGUCCCUAAGUGAGACAGAAUGUGGUAUUUCAAUGCAUCAACGACAACUCUCAACUCGACCACCGAUUCACACGCCCGAUGACAAAGAAAUCAGCACAAUCACGCCGGCAACUUUCCCCAAUAUGCCCAUGUGUACGAAUGCCAAUGGAGUCUGGUCGUGGCUGGCGAGGAGAAAUAUCACGUCCCCAAACAACCUAAACGGCCCUCCAAGUUCGCACGUGAUGGAGAACCAUUACACCCACAUGGAAGAUCAGUAUAACGUCGAAGAAGCGCUUUACGCCGAACUGGAUCGCGACAACCCAGAUGCGGCAGAUGGAGAUAGAAACAAUUCGCCAGCUUACCAGAAUUCUGCGUACACUGAUACGGACGCACCGACUUCCAGCGCUCCAUCCAGUGCGUAUUAUUCCGAUCUUUCGGUUACAACGGUGCCAGAAAGGGCGUACGAAGUGGUGGGACUGUCCACCCUGUCGUUAGAUCCCGCAGGGGACACCCGAAGACCUGCAGGGCGAUUGGCUGCGAUUUGUGAAAGUGGUGGUAGCAGCAUCCAUUCGGAUUACGUUUAAUAAGAAAAUCACUGAAACCCAUUCCCAGAUUUAUCCCGUGAAACUAAGGUAUUUUCUGUGUUUUCUUUUAGUUCGCAUAUGGAAUGUCGUUGUUGGAUGUCAUGUCGUUGUAAAUAUACUUGCCUGAUGUAUAUAAUGUACAUAAUAUUUAUCGAAUCUGAUACAUUCCAUAUGUUGAACGUAGGUAAUGUGUUUGUGUCUGUGUAUGUAUGUACAAUUGCAAAAAGUUGCAUAAUGUCCAAAUAAAUGUCGAUAAAGAACCA